CCACUUCGAGCAAAAGGAUUUGUCUGAUCAGAGUGGGGAGGAGGGAGGAGAGAGAGAGAGAGGGGGAGAGAGGGAGGGUCUCUUGAGUUCGAAGAACUUCGAAGUCCAAGGUCUCGUCGACCUUUUGUCUGGCUACUGAGGAAGCCGAGGAAUUGUUUCCAGAAAUUACUAUUUGAAUCUUUACGACGGUUCGUAGUUGUCCUAACCGGUAAAUUAUUGGGUUAAUUGACCUAAUGUUGAUCCAAUAUUUCUGUUCCAGUGAUUUAGUUGUUGCAUGAAUUUCUCUGGUCAAGCUUACAUCAGAGAAAGAAUGCAACUUUGGUUGCCAAAUUUACAAUUUUAGGAGUAUUGAAAUAGACAAGGAAGUUGGAUAUUAAUUAGUUCAUUAUGGAGCCCAUGUGGAAACUUAUAUAUUUGCUUGAGCCUGCACCCGUCACUCUCAUUGUGACUGCAGUGGCUGUUACAUUUGGAUCUGCUUUCCGGGCCCUAAAUUAUGGGAAGGAAAUGGAGCGAAAUCGUGACUUUUCAGAAGCAUCCAUUACGCUGGACAGGUCCCAAGCGCUAAUGAUUCCAGUUAUGAGUUCUUGCAGUUUGCUUUUGAUGUUCUACCUGUUCUCUUCCGUGUCCCAACUUCUUACUGCAUUCACAGCAGUUGCCUCUGUUUCAUCCCUCUUCUUCUGUUUAUCUCCUUACAUGACCUAUUUAAAGUCCCAGUUUGGAUUGGCUGAUCCUUAUGUAUCAAGGUGUUGUUCCAAGUCAUUUACACGAAUUCAAGGGUUAUUGUUGUUGGCAUGUUCUGGUCUAGUUGCAGCUUGGCUUGUUUCUGGGCAUUGGAUAUUGAACAAUUUGUUAGGAAUUUCAAUAUGUGUUGCAUUUGUCAGCCAUGUACGUCUUCCUAAUGUUAAAAUAUGUGCAAUGCUCCUCGUUUGUCUCUUUGUAUAUGAUAUAUUCUGGGUUUUCUUCUCUGAGAGAUUCUUUGGGGCAAAUGUAAUGGUAUCUGUUGCAACCCAGCAAGCGUCAAAUCCUGUUCACACAGUUGCUAACAGUUUAAGUCUUCCUGGUCUGCAAUUGAUAACUAAGAAGCUGGAGUUACCUGUGAAGAUAGUUUUUCCAAGGAACUUACUUGGAGGAGUCAUUCCAGGAAAAAGUGCCACUGAUUUCAUGAUGCUUGGUCUUGGUGAUAUGGCAAUUCCUGCCAUGUUUCUAGCUCUAGUUCUUUGUUUUGAUCAUCGGAAGAGUAGGGACACAGUCAAUCUCUCAGAUAUCCACACAAGAGGACACAAGUACAUUUGGUAUGCCCUGCCUGGAUAUGCCAUUGGGCUGGUGACUGCUCUAGCAGCUGGCGUUUUGACUCACUCACCUCAACCUGCUCUAUUAUAUCUGGUGCCUUCUACAUUAGGGCCUGUUAUUGCCAUCUCUUGGGUAAGGAAGGAUCUUUUUGAGUUAUGGGAAGGUCCUUUGCCGAGCCCCAACGAUAAAGCACGCCAAGUAGAAACAGUUUGAGUUGCUCACCUCCUUUGUUCAUGAAGGGAGUUGUAAAGUCAUUUGCUGUAUCAAAUGCUAUCCUUAUUUGAAAACAUUGGUCAGAAAAUUUGUCAUUUGUAUGGAAAAUUUGCUGCACGGCUUACCAAAAAUUCUGUUUAAAUGCCCAAGUCAUUAGUGAGAUGGGAAAAGGAUGCUUCAACUCUGGUGUGGAUAAAGGAAAAAAGAUUAUACCACUUUUCGUUCUUUGGAUUCUUUCUUUUUGGGGUGGGGGAAACUUGAGGAUUAUCGUUUCAUUGCACUUCAACUUCAAUUGCCGCUUUCUAAAUAUAAUCAUGGGAAAUUCGGUGA